UGUACUUGUCAAUUAUUUUGUUUCAGAAAAUUUGGUGAAAAAAUAUAGUGAAUUUAGCUUGUUGUGUGUGUGCACGUUAAAAGGUUAUGCAUGGUGUGGUGUUUUAAAACAUGGAGAAAUCCGAAGAAGAGCGUCGUGCGCUUGUAGCGCGCCGGGGCGCUAAAAAAGCAGCGCUAACGAGGAUUAAAAACAAAAUGGACUCGACCUACGUCAAUGACAUCGAGAUGUUGAAAUUGAUGAUAGAGAGGGCCCAGGAGGCAUUCGAUGGCUAUGAGCAGCUCACACUGGAUGUAGGAGACCAGGAGGAUCCCGAACCCAUCGAAACCACAUACUUCGAGUGUGUCGCCGCGAUGCGAAAUCGCAUCGUAGAGUUAUCUGGACCUGGACCCACCUCUUCAGACGCUAGAUCGGUAGCGCCAGCGACGCCCCACGUAUCUUCUAAAUUAAAAUUACCUAAUAUAGAGAUGCAAACUUUCUCAGAAAGUCGGGCACUUGCCCUAGAGAACAGUGAGGGACGGGGUGAUACAGCAAGCGGUGCUGCGAGUAAGGUAGCUGUAGCUAAGGCAGCUUCAUCAUCGUUUGUCACUACAAAACCAUCCCAGGACUGCCUAUACUGUGUGCCUGUUGUCGCAGCCUGAGGAGCUGCGCGAUCCUGAUGCCGCACCCAGCUUGGUACACACACAGUUUGGUUACAUUGUAGGAGGUGAUGUUCCAUCUUCUAUUCUUAAGCGACCUGCUGUCACUCUUUUCUGUCA